AUGCCGAUCAGUUCAGGCGAAACUCAUUACAGUUAUCAGGGAAUCGCCCGAUUCCCGAAUGUUAUUGGAGUGAUCGAUGGGACCCAUAUUGGAAUUAAGGCUCCUCAUGAACAUGAAGAAGUGUUUGUGAACAGAAUGGGUGAUCAUAGCAUAAAUGUUCAAGUAGUGUUCGAUCCUUUUCAUAGAAUUAUAGAUGUAGUUGCGAGAUGGCCAGGAUCGGUCCAUGAUAGCAGGGUGCUCCGUGAAAGCGGUUUAUUUGACUUGUUUGAAGGGGGGCAUGCAAAUGGAUACUACUUGUUGGGAGAUAGUGGAUAUCCAGCUAAGAGAUUGUUGCUCACCCCCUACCUGGCACCACAGAAUGCAACAGAAGAAGGCUACAACCGAAGUCACAAAAUCACACGAGCUCUUUUGGAGAGAUCUUUUGGACAACUCAAGAAAAGGUUUGGUGUUCUCCAUGGAGAAAUAAAUUUGGAGCCACAAAAAGUUUGCAAGUAA